AUGGCAAAAUCUGCUUACUAUAUAACACCAAAGGAUGGUGGUAUGUAUCAGAUGAGGACAUUGUUAUAUGAUACUAAGUUAAAAGUUGAUGAGGAGACAACAAUGGCCAUGGCUUGGAUUUCUUUCCCGAAUCUACUACCAACAUUCUUUGUGAAGAAUGCCUUGUUUUCACUUGCCUCAGUAGUGGGCAAGCCUUUGCAUUUAGAUAUGGCUACCAUUAAUAAGACUAGGCCUAAUUUUGCUAGGUUGAAAGUCUUAGUUGAUCUUGGUGCUAAAUUGCCAAAGGUUGUUAACAUGAAUAUUACAGAUGAAAAGAAUGGGAAGUCUCGAUUGAUUAAGGUGCAAAUCCAAUAUGAUGUUUUGCCAAAGUAUUGUAAAAGGUGCAAGCUACAAGGUCAUGAUGAAGAGGGAUGUAGAAUUCUACAUCCUCAACUUAGAAGAACUGCAGUUGAGGAGGUAGAAGUGGAAGGUGAAAUUGAGGUUAAAAAAAAAGUUGAUACAGGAAAUGUCAGAAACAGGAAUUAUAGGAGGCCAACAACAAUUUUGUCUAGUGGGAAAGUGGUCAAUGCUUUUGAGGCUCUUUCUAAGGAAGGAGAGAUCAAUGAGGUUUCUGAGAGGGUGAAUUUAGGAGGUAAUAAGGAGGAGGUAGUAGGCUCUUCUAGCAUAAUUGGGGAGAAAGAAUUGAAUAAAGGCGAUGAUCCUUCAAUUAUUAAGUAUCAGGAGAACAAACAGAAGGAGAUUAAUUUUAACAAGGUGUUAGAUGAUGGAGGGACAGGUGAGGGUGCUAUAACUGUUGAUACCAUGGUUAAUAUGGUGAGGGAUGCUGAUACUAUUAUCAAUAACAUGGUUUCAAAAGUGAUUCAAAAUGAAGAGAGGGUAGGUGAUGCGGAUAAGGAUAUGAGUAACAUCUCCAAAGAUGUUGCACAAGUUGUAGAUGGUGUUUGUCCAGAUAGGAAGAUUGUUGAUUGUUAUGAGGUUUCAGGGGUGGAUAGGGAUUGUAGUAGUAGUCCUUUGGCUACUAAAUCUCCUUCAAAAUGUGGUGAUAGGGUAGAAGAGGAGAUAGAAGGGGAGAAGGGUCUUAAAGUGGAGGAUGAUGUAGAGAAGAAAUAG